UGGACUCAGCCAGUGUUUUCAGCGACGACGAUUACGAUGUCAUCUCCAACCCAAGUCAUCAUUCUCUUGAAAACAGUGUGGGCGACCUCCUUCAGGGCUCGUUCUCUGUGGUACGUGAGCUGCCUGCGUCUGAGGACGCCCAAGACAGGUUUGAGACGACGCGGUGGACUGCUAGCGAGAUUCAGGCCUACAUCCGGAAAGAACUCCACUUGCCGCCUCAGACUUCGUUCGAAAACAAGAGAUUACGCGUCUAUGUUGACGGCUCGUUCGAUCUGUUCGGGGUUGGGCAUGCUCUGCAGUUGCGACAGGCUAAGCUUGCCUUUCCAUAUGUGCAUCUCAUCAUCGGUGUAUUCUCGGAUGAUCUAUUGCGUCAGUAUAAUGCUACGACUACCUGGCCGGAGCUUGAGAGACUCGAGAUUGUAAGGCACUGUCGCUGGGUUGACGAAGUCACUAAAGACGCCCCAUGGGAAUUGACACCCAAGUUCCUGGAAGAAAAGGGCAUUGACUUCGUCGCCAUUGACGAAGGAACGUCUGUAGACCCAAGUUGUGACAAAAUGCGCGUCAGAGGCUACGACGAGCUGAAGAAGCACGGCAAGAUUAUCAAGACCAGAAGGACGCUCGGUCUUGCAUCUCAGCACAAACUUGCUAUUCCCAGCCAUUCCCAGAGAGCGACCCCAACUUUGACUGCCGCACCAGAAGCACCAGACUUUACUGAGCACGUCGAGAUGUAUGGUGUAGCCGCAUGAG